UGAAAGAGUUGGUUGCUAAUGUUUAAGAAUCAAGGGAUUUCACAUAAAUAUCCGGACUACGGACUUCUCUUGAAAACAUGGACAGUCUGGCAUGACCAGCCCACUUCCCAGCAUGGCAACUGCUGGUCAGUGCUGAGUAGAGGCUGCUCCCCUUUGGUGGGACAUAUGCUGCCCCCUGCCUAUGAUGCUGGUCCACACCUUCCAUUCAUUUCUCUCGCCUCCUGGGUCUUGAAUUUGUAAGCCCUUGCCCUAGACUUCCUUCAGGCAAGGACCCCUUGUAUCUUAACUGACUUUGACUUUCCAACAUCUAGCCCAGACCCCAACCUCAGUGGGUCCUCAACAAAUGUUGGUUGACUAAAAUAUCUUUUGGGUGCAUGCAUCACAUCUCUUCCAAUGUGAAAAUCCUGCGAUUGCAAAGCUGCUCUAGUCUAGAUCUUUGGAGCAGUUUCACCAUAAGUGCCCUGAUCUGUACCAUUCAACUCCCUACAGCUACUCGUGUCAGUGGGCUGCAGGGAGCCCUCAAUGUCUUCACUCUGCCAUUUGACCUCUCUUCUUCCUAGCAAUCUCCUCUCGAAGAGGGGGUAGCAAUGCACACCUCGUGGAGCUGCUGGAAAGACCUCACAAGAUCCCAAAAGACAAGCAUGGCACCUGGCACUUAUUAUUAUCACAUUCUUAGCAGUGCUAAGAUAGCAAGAGUCUACCAUUUUUUGUGAGACCUCUGUGGCUUUGGUUUUUUUCAGCCAAGCCCUGAGGAAGAGAUAACACAAAAAUCUCUAUAUUCCAAGAGUUUUCCAAGUCCCCUACUCACAAACUCUGAUGGGGAUACAGAUCUUAUCAGGGAGGUUUGCAGUCCUUAUCUAGCCCAUUAGUGGCCCUCCAGGGGAUGGUCAGGGCAGGUCAGGGCAUAUAUAGUCAACUCUUCCCAGCCACAGCAUGCUCAGAUCUCACCCUUUCCUGAGCACUUGGACCCAGGAAGGAAGCAUGAAGUGGCUGGUGGUCCUCUGGCUGGUGGCCCUCUCAGAGUGCUUAGUCACAAUUCCUCUGGCAAAGGUCAAGUCCAUACGAGAAAACCUCAGGGAGAAAGGCAUGCUGAAAAGUUACCUGGAAAAGCAUCCUUACAGACAGUCCUACAAGUUUCUUAAUGAAGAUCCGAACCCAAAAGUAACCUUUGAACCCAUGAGGAACUACCUGGACAUGGCCUACAUUGGCACCAUCAGCAUUGGAACACCCCCUCAGGAGUUCAAGGUCAUCUUUGACACGGGCUCCACCGACUUGUGGGUGCCCUCUAUCUACUGCUACACCUCGGCCUGCGCUGAACACAAUCUCUUCAACACUACGUGGUCCUCCACCUUCGUGAACUCCGGCCGACCCAUCAACCUCUUCUACGGCUCCGGUCGGAUGUCAGGAAUUCUUGGCUAUGACACUGUUCAGAUCGGGAACCUUGUUGAUGUGGCUCAGGCAUUCGGUCUGAGCCUGAAUAAGCCUGGCACGUUCACGCAACAUGGAAUCUUUGAUGGUAUCCUGGGCCUGGGCUUCCCCAGCCUUGGCCUCAAAGGGGUCACCCCUGUCUUCGACAACCUGUGGAAACAAAGUCUCAUCGCUCAGAAUAUCUUCGCCUUCUACUUGAACAACAAGAACGAGGGCAGCAUGGUGAUGUUUGGUGGGGUGGACAACUCCUACUUCUCAGGGAACCUCAGCUGGGUGCCAGUGUCCAAACCCUCCUACUGGCAGAUAUCCAUGGACAGCAUCUCCAUCAAUGGAAAGGUUGUUGCUUGUGAUGGUGGCUGCCAGGCCAUUGUGGAUACUGGGACCUCAUUGCUGAUUGGCCAAAUCGACCCUGUCAACAACAUCCAGAACAUCAUCAAUGCUAAGAAAUCCCUCAAUAAUGAGGUAAAUAGUCUUAUACGGCAGGGUCACUCCAGGGCUCUCCAUACACAGAAGGUCAGCUGGGCCAAACUUCUCUCUCCCCUUUACUCCGAUAGUUCAUCAUUGACUGCAACACCAUCAACACCCUGCCUGACAUCGUCUUCACCAUCGGCGGCAUUGCGUACCCAGUGCCAGCCAGGUCCUACGUCCUGGAGGACAGUAAGGACAACUGCUACAGCACCUUUUCAGAAAGCGUGUUCGAAACAGACACAGAGCUCUGGAUCCUGGGUGACGUCUUCCUGAGGUUAUACUUCACCGUGUACGAUCGGGCAAACAACAGGAUUGGCCUGGCUCCCGCAGCCUGAACACGGGGUUGCUGCAGGAAGCAACCAGACCCAUCCCAAAUACAUACACAUACACCCUCGGCGCACUCCCGCCCCGGGGCACUGACUGGAGCUGUGUCUGGUGCUCUGCAAAGCUCAUUCUCAGCAGAGAAUAAA